AUGACGGAGAAGGAGCGUGCCUUGGCCCAGCGCUGGUACGACGAGGGGAAGUCGCCGUCCACCAUUGCGGAGUUGCUCGACCGCGACACGUCCACGCUGACGCGGCUGCUAUGCAAGCAGGAGGCAGCCAAAAAGCAGGGUCGCCCCUCUGCUUUGACCAAGGCCCAGGUGGACUAUCUCGAGCGGAAGCUGGAUCAAAUGAUCGUCAAGGCGGACGGCCAGAAGAUGAUCACGGUGGAGGCUCUGCAGAAAGCAACCAAAACAAAAGCUGGCACGCAGACCAUCUUGAAAGCUCUCCACGAGCGCGACAUCUACUUCCGCAAACUCCGCGAGAAGCCAGUGCUCACCCCGGCCGACGUCAAAGCCCGCAAGGCGUUUGCUAGCACAUAUCGGCAUAAGUCGCGUGCAUGGUGGCUGCAGCAUGUCCAUGCCUUCAUCGACGGCAAGUACUUCCAGGUAUACUUGACUGGAGCCGAGCGUGCCAGGGCAGCGAAGCACAGCACCUUCGGCGCAUACAGACGCCCCGGCAAGGGCCUCUGCGCCGGCUACGUCAAGCCAAAGAAGGGCGGCCUCAAGCACUACACAGGGGUGAAGGGCGUGCUGUUGCAGGUCGGCAUUGGCGGCGGAAAGGUCGUGACAGUGCACGAGGUCACGGGCCGCUGGAGUGGCCAAGCCGCCGUGACGUUCUACGAAGCACUUGGUCUGGCAGCCAAAGUGCAAGGGAAGAUGGACGUCUUGGAGAUCCCCAAGCGGAGCCCAGACCUUUCCUUGCUAGACUUUGCUGUCUGGAAGGAGGUCAACCGCCGCCUGCGCAAGCAAGAGAAAUCUUGGCCGAAAUCGAAGCGCGAGACACGCCCGAACUAUGUGCGACGCUUGAAGCGCACCAUCCGCAACUUGCCCAAAGAGUUUCUGGGCAACAGCAUUGGGGACAUGGUUCGUCGGUGUCAGAGGCUCCAAGAGGCCAAGGGCAACUUCUUCGAGGAGGGUGGCCAGGGCCCGUGA